AUGGUUGCAACCUUUUCGCCGCACCGGGACUCCGGUGGCACACUUCAUCUGCCAUCGCACUCGGGAAUCCAUCACGUUGACGCCAGCUCUGCUAUCCGCCAACUGAGGCGCUCACUUUCGCGCUCCCCUUCUAAGAGUUCCAACUUCUUCCUCAACCCGCGUACUCAUUCCCCUUCCAAAUCCGCCUACAUCUCUUCUCCUUUGUCGCCCUCGCGACGCGCCUCGCAGAACAAUUUUGUUCUCUUCCCAUCUCAGUCGCAUCAAUCGCAAUCGCCUCUCGCUGUCCCUUACCCUCCCAGCGCGAAAAUUAGUAGGCCGGUCAUGCGUCGACGCACAUCACCCCGCAGUCCGGCCAAACGCGUGUUGAGUGUUUCGACCGACAGCGGUAACGCGACUCCUACCCAACCCAUCUCUUUACCCUCGGGUGAAGAAAAUGAUUUGACUCUCGACGACCUUGCGCCUCAAAGUACCACCCCAGACAGUCCUUGUUUUCUUAACACUCAUUCUGCGCCUUUGGGCGAAUCGACUUUUGCGCGAUCAACACUCUCGCGUGUUGAAAAACGACGUAGUGGGACCUUUGGUAGCUUUGCGACUGGCAGUCCCUUGAAGCGCAGCGACGGGAUUAUGAACUUGGACCAAGCAUCACGAGGCAGCCCUUCUGCAAAGCGACGCAGCGUGCACACGCCGACUUUCGCAGCCGAAUUUAGCAUUUUCGAUAAUGAGGUCGAGAAUACCACACCAGAGGGGUCCCCAACACGGAACGAAAUCCCCUCUUUCCCCACGCCUGUCCAACCCCACAGUCCAUUUGCGACGAUUCCUAAACGCUCAUCUUCUCUACGACGCUCGACCUUACAGCAGCGCGGCGACCGACCUCUCUUUGGGCGACCGAGAGCCAUCGAUUCACCCGAUGCAUCACCACCUGAUACACCAUUGUCUGUUAGGCCGCGAAUGUCAUUUGACAGCAGCCUAUUCCAGCCAGGCGGCGAAAACAUCUUCUCCCCCAGGCCGCCAGCCAGCCCUCUUUUCUCCAACUCCCCCGCCAACGCUCCCGUCAACCCUAUUGCCAAUACCACUCAACCUCCUCGACCCGCUGCUCAUCCUCUCUCUCGUACUAUCACUCAAUCAUCUUCUGGAUCUAGUCUCGAAGACUCGCCCACCCAUGAGCCAGUUCACAAGCCUGAGGGCCGACGAACAAUGUUCAACUUCUCCAAAUCUCUCCCUGCCGGGGCAACUCGCCCUGCCCCUGUGCGUCAGAUCGCACGGGAAGAUGCAACAGAAACAUUUGCUACUCCAGAUAACUUCCGGUUGGUCAAGCCUUUGCCGGCGGCAUUUAUGUCCACUGGACUGAUCUCCAAGAAAAAUCGCAACGCUGAGGAGAACCCCGGAUUUAACAAGAGCAUGCCCGACACACCGUGUAAGCGACCUGUCAAUCUUUUCACCGCUGGGCCAAACCCCACAGAUCGACUGUUCGACAAGUCACGUCUGGUUCAUCAAUCGGACGCUGCUUCCGCAUCUCCGUUCAACCCACCUACUACCUCGCGCCCUAAGCCAAGUCCCUUCGCUCGGGGCAUGGGGAUCUUCGGUAGCAACUUCAAUCGUCCCGAGGCCUCGCGGCGUGGAAGUUUCGCUAGCAUCGAUGGCGAUGAACUGAUUCUCGCCCAAUCGCCCUCUUCCCGACAUGACAGCCAGCCCCUCAAUGAUGACUUCCCUCCCACGCCGACCAAGCAGCCUUUCCUCCCCUCUCGCACCUACCCUCCCACGACUUCUCAAAUCCCCUCUCUAGAACGACUAUCUGACACAGCGAGUCCGCUGCAUGAGAAGCUCUUGCAGGCAUCACCUCACACUCCCCGCGACCAGUACUUCCCUCCCGACCCGAGUGGCCUAUCGAUUUCCGUGCCAAGUGAUCAUCAGCAUGCGCAGGAGCAUGAUCUUCCAGCCACUCCCACUGGACCGCGAGAUUCUUGGUCAUCAUUCAGGCGUCCCAGUCUCCAAAUCAGCGGUUACCAUGUUCCAGAUGUCGACCCCACUUUGACAUCCCGUUUUGACAACGUGGAGCUUAUUGGAACUGGCGAAUUCUCUCAGGUCUUUCGCGUCGCGCAGCCUCAUGACGCAUCCUUCCCAUCUGUGUUCUCUCUUCCAUCAAGCGAACCAAGGUCGCCAACUUCCCUCCCCCAUCAGGUGUGGGCUGUCAAGAAGAGCAAGCAGCCCUAUCUGGGGUUGAAGGAUCGCGAGCGUCGUAUUCGCGAAGUCGAAGUUCUGAAGACUUUGACGAACUGUGACCAUGUUAUUUCCUUUAUGGACAGCUGGGAGAACAACGGCCAUCUGUACAUUCAAACGGAGUUCUGCGAAGAGGGUAGCCUGGAUGGUUUCUUGGCCCAAGCCGGACUUAAAGCCCGACUUGAUGACUUCCGUAUCUGGAAGAUUUUGCUCGAAAUGUCUCUAGGACUUAAGCAGAUCCAUGACGAGGGAUUCAUCCAUCUUGACUUGAAGCCUGCUAACAUUCUGGUCACCUUUGAGGGUACUUUAAAGAUUGGUGACUUUGGCAUGGCGACACGCUGGCCUGCAGAGGAUGGUAUCGAGGGCGAAGGUGACCGCGAAUACAUUGGACCGGAGAUUCUGAUGGGCCAAUUCGACAAGCCCGCCGAUAUUUUUUCACUUGGUCUUAUCAUUUUUGAGAUCGCUGGCAAUGUGGAACUUCCCGACAAUGGAGUAUCUUGGCAGAAGCUUCGCAAUGGCGAUAUGAGCGAUGUGCCCAGCCUUACCUGGAGCUCGGAGACAAGCAUCUUCCGUGAUGCAACUGGAAACCCCAUCUCGGAAGGGUCAUCUUUCGAGGACCUUUGUACAUCCGAUCUGGGAGACAACGAAUUCGGCGAUGACUUCCUGACCAGUUGUCAGCUGAACAACCCUAAACCACAGCGACUCCCACGAAGCGGGGAGCUGAUUGAUCCACCCAGCUUCAUGGUUGAUGCCAACCACCCACAGGCAUUGGACGGCAUUGUUCGAUGGAUGAUCUCCCCUGAACCUCAAAACCGUCCCACGGCCGACCAGAUCUUGGAAACUUAUGGCGUGCAAUUUAUUAACCAACGACGCCGUGCUGGCGCCACCGUCUUCGAGGGUAACUGGGGCCCCGCUGACGAGAUCUUGGCUGAAGAUGCCGAAAUGAUCGACGUGUAA